AUAAUUUAGGAUAUUUUCCAUGUUUACCAGAGGAAAGAAGACAACAGGAAUGUUCGGGCAAAUCAACCCUGAGAAGCGCAGCCUGUUUGACAGGAACAAUAAUGAUUCUGAAGAGACUAAGUCAAAGGGGGCAGCUGCAAACAACUUCGGCACACAGCCAGGACGGAACAUUUUCGGCCAAAGUGAGUUACAGCCAUCUACAAUUCAAUGAGCCAGCAGUGGACUAAGGUCACUUCGUAGAAAUGAUGCUGAUAUGGAAGGCACUGAAGAGACAAAGCAGGCAGAUAUUACUUCUUUAGCAAGGAAUGCUAACCAGGAUGGCUUCAAGAAGCUUACUGAUGAAGUUGAGGAAUCAAUUAUUCGUGCUUUGAGUGAUAACCGCAAAGAACAACUAAAAUGCCUUAAAGAGAUGAACCAAAGGAGAAACGAAGAAAUAAACAUCAAGAAAAUCCCAAUGAAAAUCGACUCAGACUCUCAUGGCUCUGUGGAUAUGGUCAAAAAGCCUAAUUUUGUCAAGGAGGCUAAUCUCAUGAACUUUAAGGAUCUCCAAAACUUCAGAAACAUUAUUGACAAACAUUAUGGAGAGCUUUCUCAGAAGUUUAGUAAUUCAAAAGACACAGAUGAGUUCGUCCUCACUGAGAUUAACCUGGUUUCUCUUUUCUUUUACUGCUUCCACCUUGUAGAACCGACCUAUGUCCCAUACUUGAUGAAGACAGUUGUAGAGGCUUUGAAUAAGAGAGUAGAGCCUGAUUUGAAUAAUAUCAACGAAGAGAAUGUUUCUAUGGAGCUAUUCAAACUUCUCCACACACUCCAAUUUGAGAAGGCUUACGAGCUCCUGUCAAGUUUCGAAAAGAGCGCUGAUGUUUAUGAGGAAAUUGGGAACAUUAUUCAUCCUAUCAAGCAAUAUUUCACUAAUGGAUUCACUCAGUCCUAUCAGAAUUAUGAAGUAGAGCAAAUGUUUAACAAUAUGACAGUAAGAGCCAAGCACAGCUAUGAUUUGUAUUCCCAUAUCGAGAACUUGGCGGAAAAGCCAGAGAUUAAGAGAAUCUUGCCAUGCUUAAAACUUCUUUCAGGAGACCUUGAAGCCACAAUUGAUGAUAAGAAGACUGAGAUCCUUCAUGAGCUUUGCUUGAGAUAUAUCUACACUCGUGCUAUUCCAAAUGAAGAGAAUAAGCAGGAGUGGAAGAAUGAGCUACUCGAGCAGGUUGCCCAGCUAACUGAUAAAGAUCAGAAGGAAUUCCAUAUUGAAUUCCUUGACAUAAUCCUAGACGAUCCUUACCAAAAGUUUGAUGAUAUAAAGGGAAGAUACCCCGCUUGGCUGAGUGAAUUCUUGCUCUAUCUUUGGGAUACCAAUGGAAUACUCAAUGAGGAGCCAUUCCGUGAAUGAGUAAAUCUUGACAUGAAGGACGAUUGCACCAUUAUCGAAGCUGGCACUGAAGAAUAUGUCAAGUACAUUAUUUCACUUGAAUUAAAGGAUUCCAUUAAUAUCUGUGAUCCGUACUUGAGACUUCUUGAUGACGAGGGCAUAGUCGAAUGUUUAGCUGCGUUAAGCAAGUUUGACUACUCCCCAGGUGAUCAGAAUUCUUAUCUCGCGUACAGGAAGAUUUAUGAAAGAGAGUACAAGUCCAGAGAGAUUGAAGAGCUUAAAACCCAUUACGAAGAAACCAUUGUUGAUGGCAGAGCCAAGCACUUCCAAGAUCAAGACAAAGGAAAGGAAGCCAGAGCUAAUUUUUAUGAAGUCCUCAAGCAUUUCUCUGAGAGAAGAAGUCUCCAGAAGUUUAAUAUGGAGAUAAUUAGAAGACUUAACGAGAUUUUCCAGAAGAAUAUUGACCCAAGUGACCUUAUUGAUGAAGAAAUGCCGGAAUUUUCUGUAUGGAGGAAGAGAUCAGAGCCAUUCAACUUCCUUGCGACUUAUUGUGACUUAUUCUCAGCACUAAGAACAACGAAAGACAAUCAUAGUAUAAAUGAAUCGCUGAGAGAGAUCUUUGGCAUGAUAGAGAGUCCUAUUCAGUAUAAGAUCUUAGUGAUUCAUAUGGUCUCUAACUACCUCUUACACGAGGAGAUCAAUGUUGACCAGGCUAUUAUAAUGGAGAUGAUGACUCUUUUUGAGCAAUUUGACUCUAAAGAUCCCAUGCUGACUGAUAAGUACUUCUUAAACCCUCUACAGCCACUUAACUCCCAAGAUAAGCUACUGAUUAGAAAUGCAUUGAAGGACUCACUGACUUGUGGCCUAAUAAGAGGAUAACCUAAAUUUUGAAAAACGAUGUGAAGUUUUA